AUGGCGUCGAGUAAAAAGGAAAUGACGAUCAUUGCCUCUCCAAGAGUCGAUUUUCCUCAGAAGGACGACGUGACAGCAGCCCGAAGUCUCGGAUUUACAGUGAGAAACUCCCAUUGCCGACAAAUGGCAAAUCUCAAUAACCAUAAAAAGUUCCUUCAGAUCACUCAUGAUGAGAAAUAUCCUGACUCAUCUUAUAUUUUGAUCACACGGACCAAUCUUUGGACGACCUCAAGGCCAAUCUUUAGACGACCUCAAGGCCAAUCUUUAGACGACCUCAAGACCCAUUACUCAAAUCCUGGAGACGUCGUGUCCUUGGGAGUCAUUUACGGAGUCGUAACUCAGGGAACUUUCCAGAACACUCUCGGGGCUAGAAAUCUCUCCGUGGUCAGGACUGAAGGUUCUUGUUCUGAACUAACUGCUCUUUUGGGCAUAUUUUAUGGCGACUUUCAUCUCACGACUCUCAGCGUGCGACGCCCCACAGCUGAGGCGUCGAGGAGGACUGCAUGUCGUCUCUGUUUCCCAGCGAGGAAGGACGCGAGCAAGCGCUUGUGCGACAAGGGCGACCGCGGGCGGGACGAGGCGCCGGCGAAGGGCGACUCCCUCGGCGCUGACCCGGGUCCUCGCGCGCGGAGCAGGCUCACUCGCCAAUCGGAGCACGUGGUCACGACGGAGCCCAGCGGAGGCUUCCUGAGCACGUGGUCGGACCAGGACCACGGGCUGGGCGAUGCCGACCAUUACUCGGGGCAGGAGGCGAGUCUGACCGAUUCGGGCGUCGGGUCGGGCCCGGAGAUAAGCCUGGGGUCCGAGAGCCUCGUCCUCAACCCCAGCUGGUGCCUCGGGCAGUACCUGAGGAAGCACCGCCCCGCCCACCUGCUCCCUGUGACGUCAUCGGUGUAUCAGGUGAGACUGUCAGUGGUCAGGGACCCCGGCCGGCCAGGCACUAAGGCACUCGAGGAGGCGGCUGUCCUGCACGCCCGCACCGUCCUGGACCUAAUCGACGACAUCUCCUCCGCUGUGGCCUCGGAAGCCAUCAUUGCCGGGGACUAUAUCCUCCAGAUCCAGUUCGAGCCUCAGACUAAAUCCCGCCUUUACCAUGCCGUCUCACAACCGACUCCCGAAGCGACCUCCGCUCAGCGCCCCCUCCUUCCCGAAGUAGUGGACUCGACCCUGUGCCCCAGCGGCCCCUUCCAGCGCCGCCCCGGCUACCACCGCUUCUACAAUGAGCAACUCUUUUCCCGACAGAUCCAGCACGCCGUGGCCACUCUCAAGCAGGUACAGUGCCGCCCCCGGGGCCGAGGGGCAGGGCCACCCCAGAACCCCCCACACCGCCCCUCACGUACCCUCGGGCCUCCUUCACGCCCCUGGCCCUCAGCCGCCCCUCGCGCCUGCCUGUAUCGUAGGAAUGCCACGGCGGACGCGAGCGGUAGUGGCGGGGAGUGCCAGCCGGGAGUCUUAUUCUCCUGGCACUCCCUCAGGGGUGCUCCUGCCCCUGUCUGUGCUGACAUUGAUGGUCCCCCACUUCGAUAUCCCUGGGACCCAGUGGUGACGUCACAGCAAGGAAGCUUUAGUUUGUGGCCUUAUUGGAGUGUGGUGGCAUGUUCGCUUGUUGUCCCUUCCUUCCCGAAACCCUCCACAUCCCUCUGGUUGCAGGCAGUGGAGAAGUUCAGCGCCAACACCCAGGAGAUCAGUGCCUCCUUGAGAGCUUUCACACAGAAGUUGCAGGAGACGGAGUUCCCCAAUGAUGUUACAUCCACUGAGGAGCUUCUGCAGUCUCAAACUUCAGAAUACAAUGCACUGAAAGAUGACCUGUUGUCUGCCUCCCGCCAUGGAGAAACUCUACUCAAUUGUAUCAAGCGCCCUGGGGAGCCUCGUACGGCCCGUCUGUGUCCCGACAAGUUAAUCAAUGUGACAGCAGUAGAACGGCUGUUGGUGCAGCUGGAAGAAACUGAGAGAACCUUUGAUGAAUUUUGGACCCGGCAUGAGGGACGGCUUACACAGUGCCUCCAGCUGAGACGCUUUGAGACAGACUUUAGGGAACUGCAACAAUGCCUGGAAAUUUCACUGAAGCAGUUGUCCGCAAUGUCAGAGAUUGGGGAUUCUGUACACCAUGUAGACCAGCUAUUAGCAGAAGCUCAGGAUUUCCAUAUGAUGACUGCAGACCAGCUGGAAAAAGCAGAGGAGCUACGCAUCAUUGGCACACAGUUGAUUGAAAGUCAGCAUUAUGCCGUGGACUCCAUUCAGCCAAAGUGCGUAGAGCUAGUACGGAUGAGGGACGCUUUCCACGACCGCAUAACUAACAGACUGGAAACGUUACACAAGUGCCGAGACUUGCAAGAGCGUAUUGAACAGGCAAAUAAGUGGUGCACAGAAGGUGUGGAACUCUUAGCCUCACAGCAGAUAGAGCGAUGUCAAGCCCCAGAAUUUGCCGAGGAAGCUCUUAGGGAAUUGGAUGAAUUUUUGGCUUCCUCUGAGUACAGUCGGCUGGGAACCAGUCGUGAACUUAGGACUAUGUUUGAGGAUGUCAUCACCCCUGAAACGAAGGGCUUAGUGCAACAGGUACUGAAACGUAUAGAAGAUGUACAAAUGAUGUGUGAAAAGCGAAAGAGUUCCUUAAAGAAGUUGGCCACUCGUCUGCCUCGACCCGUGCAUGCUGUGACACCAGAGCCCGCAGUCCCACUCCACUACCCACAAGGGCAUGCCAAUGUUCACCCACACUCUCACCCAGCAUCUCCCCUCCAUGCGGACCUCCCUAAAAGUCCCAAAAGCAUGAGGAAAGCAUCAACUUUACCCAAGCUUGGUGACAGUGGAGAUUCUCCUGACUGGGUUGGUGAUGCCGAAGCUGCACGUGCUAAACGAGGCCAUGUCCUCCGUGAACUUCUAGAUACAGAGAGAAUCUAUGUGUCAGAACUCUGCUCUAUUCUCAAGGGUUACAAGGAUGAAAUGCUAAACCCAGAAAUGCAGCCUCUUAUCCCCAUCAACCUAUAUGGCAAGAGUGAUAUUCUCUUUGGCAACAUGGAGGAUAUCUUCCGCUUCCAUAAUGAUGUCUUCCUGCGGGAUUUGGAGAACUGCAUUAAUACGCCAGAGCUAAUUGGUCUUUGUUUUGUCCAGAGGAAGGAUACAUUCCAUCGGUUGUACUCACUGUACUGUCAGAAUAAGCCCCAAAGUGAAGAACUGCGUCGGCAAGUAGGUGAUCAAAACCCAUUUUUCAAAGAGUGUCAGCGUCGUCUCCAUCACAAACUGCCACUUGGUGCCUACCUUCUGAAGCCUGUGCAACGCAUUACAAAGUAUCAGCUCCUGUUGAAGGACUUACUGAAAUGCGUAGAAGGUAGCCAAGGUCGCCGGGAGUUGCAGGAGGCGGUCGACACAAUGCUCACAGUCCUCAAGUGCCUCAAUGACUCCAUGCAUCAGGUUGCCAUCACAGGAUUCCCGGGCAAUCUGGCAGACCUGGGGAAGCUGCUCAUGCAAGGCCCCUUCAGUGUGUGGAAUGACAGCAAAAAGGGACUUCGCGAGCUCCGUCUGAAGCCAGCACAAAGACACAUUUUCCUUUACGAAAAGAUGCUACUUUUCACCAAGAGAACUGGCAAGGAUACAGAUCGUGCCACCUACCAUUUCAAAAAUGCUCUGAAGAUGUCACAGGUUGGUUUAACAGAAAGUGUGCGAGGCCAUAAAGGUGAUGUUCGAAAGUUUGAGGUCUGGCUUCAGGGACGGCAAGAGGUCCACACCAUUUUGGCUCCAUCGUCAGAAGUCAAGGACUUGUGGGUUAAGGAGAUAAAGCGGGUGUUACUCGAUCAGUUUGAGUAUCUCAAGGGAGAGAAUAUUAAGCAGUACUCCGCUAGAAUACAGAAAGGUGCCAGUCUUAAUGGCAUUCGAAUUCCUCCUCUGUCACCCACUACUCAACACAGGGCUCUACGACAGACGGCAUCAUGGGACAUAGCAGGCAAUGGUGUGACUGGCAGUGGUGGCUCUAUCAGUUCUAGCAGCUCUGAGGGCCGCCCUGGAGGUGAGCCCAGUCGGGAAAUAGGCAAACGCUCUCUGCGGAUAAAGUCUGUGGAUGCCACUCUGGGUGAUGCUCCAGAAGAGGAAGAGGAGAGCUGGUCAUCAGAUUAUUCUGCUUCUGAUGAGGAAGAGGAUCAAGAAACAUUCUCUGAGAGCACAGAGUACACCUCGUCACGGUUCCUUGUCUUGGCUGACUACAAUGCCAUGGGAGGAUCUGAAGUCAGCCUGCGUGAGGGAGACUAUGUAGACUUGAUCAAAGUUGGAUGCGCUGGCUGGUGGUACGUCAGGGUUUCUGGGACGCCUUACGAGGGUUGGGCUCCAGCUGCCUACUUAGAGCGGGUCCUCAAAAAGGGCAGCAGAUCCUCACCGUCAGUCAGUAGUCAAGAAUCCUCCUCAGGACUGAAACAUGCAACAUCAAAGUCAUCAGUUGCUUCACUGUCAGCCAAAUCUGAGGAAGUGAAUAUAAUGUAAAGGGAAUGGAAUACCAAUGAUACUAUAAUGCCUUAAGGCUGUAUUAGUCCAGAAACAAAACAUAGAAUGUUAUGGUGGUCUAUAAUGGCUGGGAGAAUCAUUGUGCUAUUCCUUCUGGGUAAAAACUGUAUAAAAAUGUUGCUUUUGUUAAAUGCCAUGUGAAAAGACAUUGCCCUCAGAGGACCUCCCGGAACUGUGCUGGUGUGACGAGUAAACCACAUGAAGUGUCUUCACAUCAGUAUAAGAAUGACAUGGACAGUGUGUAUGGUAACAUGACUCCUAGAACAGUGUGUAACCUCUUAACAUCACCUGACCUAGAAUGCCUCCUGUAAUGCCUGCUUAAAAAGAGAAAACUUGAAUGGUUCAAGUGUAAGCAUUCUUUGCAGGUAGGAUAUAUAACAAAUUCAUGGACUUCCAUUCAUAUAAUAUUAACCAAAGUAAAUCAUCCUAGAGAUACAUUAAGUCUAACAGUUUCUCACUCCUUGGCAUAUUCUCUCUUCUAUUCCGAAAUUCAGUGCAAUAUCACUGCUUUAUAUCAUGUCCUACUAUAUAGUAUGUACCAUAUGUAAACAUAAAUGAAAAUGUAUGGUCUCUUGUUUCUCAGAUCUACUAAUACCUCUUGGGCAACUUUCUGAAUGGGAAUAUGAAUGUUCCAGGCAUCAUGGAUACUCUUAUUACAAAGAUGUAAUACAUUACACAAAUACAUCACGUAGAUUGUAAAAUAAAAUCUAGUAUCUCCCUAGUAUGAGGGUAACUAGUGGGCUUUACUCUUCAAGUCAAGCAUAUAUAUGCCCUUUUGACUCUUGAUUCAAUCUCUGACUCUAAUGGAUGUACAAGUUAUCAUGUACUGUCUACUUAUUUUUUUCUAACUUAUAGAAAUCUUUCCUGAUAUUUACUAUGUACUUUUGCCUAACACCCAUCUAGUACCUAUCUUUCCUCCCUAAGAUAUGUUGCCAUCUUACAUUAACCUCAUUAUUUGAUGAGAUCCUCCUAUUCUAUCACUCUUUUACCAUUACUUCUUGUGUAGAUUUAUAUGCCAUGGUAAUUUUGCAUUAUUAUGCCCAUCUGUAUACCUUGCCUGUCAACUUUACUCAACUUAUAGCGGCUUUUUACUCCGCUCUGCCCACUUGUGAUCAUGUGCCUCACGUACUGGUAGAAGUAGAAAUAGAGGUCUGAGUGCCAGCUCCAAUGUUGCCUUGUGAGGCAAAUGUGGCUUUGUCUAUACAAGUACUGCCAAGAACUUAUAGUACUCAUUGAGUCUUACUGAUAAGGCAAAGCAUCAGGAGUAGUUCUCAUCAGUUCCUCCUGAAACAACAUUAAAAAUCCCUCAUUUGGAGUUAUGGGUGUUGGAAAUCAUUGAGAGAGAUUGAAUGUGAUAGCUUAGAGUUUUCAUACUCUUUGGAAUUUAGCAAAGCAAGUAAAGGGAAGUUGUGUAUAUGUAGCCUGUAAAGCUUCCCUUUUUCUUCUCUUUUUGAGAGGAACAAAACAAAGAGGUAGGAGUAAAUGCAUUUAUUAUUGAUUUGAUUCAAAGGGUAACAAAAUGAAAGAUUUUGAAUGGUACUACUGAGAACAACAAAUUACUGUACAUGUUCUAAAUUUCCUGUUAGUUCUGCGGACAUUAGGAAUAGAAUGUGUGAAAGGGUCUCUUCUUCUCCCAUAUGUGGGACUGAGAGAAUGGUGGUUUGUAUGGAAUACAAAUGACUAUCAUAUGGGAAACUGUAGAGGCUAGAUCAGCUGGAAGUGCUGGGCUUGUAUGAGAGAAAGGGGUAGUGUAGUGGGCCUUCUAAUUUUUUGCAUAAUGGUCAUUGAAAAGUGAAACUGUGUAUUGCAUAUAUCGAUCAUCUACAAAAAGCUGGAAGAUAUAUGUGAAUUCCAAAAUAUUAUGGGUUCAUAAGCUCAACUUUUAUAUACUUUGAAGAAAAAAAUUCAUUUUAUGCUCUUCUGUAAUCUAGUCAUUUUUUUAACUUUGCAUAUUAAUGAUGAUACGGCAUCAGUACAAAUUUAUAGGCAGAGAGUGAACAAGAGGCCUUGACUGUAUCCCAUGUGAUAGUAUUUAUGUAAAACUGUUGAACCCUGAAAUCCCAGUGAGUGUUGGGCAGUACAAAAUUCAUACAGUGGAGGGAGACUGUGUUCAUAAACAUUUUUUGUGAUAAAGUAGACACCAGAAUCUUUUAGUGUGAACAUUCUCGGCUGCAGGCCAUUCGAGAAGGCUGGUAAUGGUAAUGCAGGGUCGAAAAAAGGCUGCUUGAUCCACAUCACGUAUGAUGAGCCAUUGCAUGAUAAGACUUUGUACACAGCCUGUAAGGUAAGUGCCAAUGGUGUAAGCAACACUUUGCUUUAGAAGGCUAGCGAAGCAAGCAGUGCAGGCAGCACAAGAUAAUGCUGACUGUAGGUCAUAUAAAGCAGAAAAUAAUGGGCAGUGCAGGCUCACACUAUCUGCAGGCCCAGCACUUACAAUCUCCAAAGUGACUUACCAACUCCUUUUGUACAUUCAUAUGUUGUAGACAUCAAUAAUCCAGUUGAAGAUGUUGUUGAAUGGUGCUUUUAGCUCUGCAUGUACUAGCAACCGUGUGUUUCAUGUAUGGUGUACAUUGCAGUUAGAUUGUGAUCUAUAUAGAUCUUUUCUCAUCCAAAGAUUAAUUUUCAUGUACAGUAUAAUUAUAUAUAAUAUAUGGACGUGUGUUACUUAUAAAUUCGUAAAAUGAAGACAAUUUAUUGAAAAAAUACUAAUAUGUGUUCGCUGCCCCUUCUUCCAGAGAGCGAACGAGCCUCCAUAACUCCUUACGUUCACCUUUCCAGGUGUUAAAAGAACAUUCCAUAUAUAUGAUAUACAUUUACUGCAUAUAACAAAUGUAUGUAUAUCCUGUACAUAAUGGCUAAUCAUCCACUAUUCCUCAUAGCCAAGAAAUGUUUGGUUGGAAUAUGCGCUAGUGAGGCGAUAUUCUGAUAGUCUUAUGUGUUACCUACAAAGACCUUGGUUAUAUUUCAUUUGUAACUAGGUGGUUAUUCAUCAUUCAUUCUAAAUAUUCUCAUUGUUAUGUAUUCAUCGUCAUGGUUAAGUUAAUUACAUAUCAUAAUCAACUGUUCAUUGAUUUUUUUGUCAUAUGGAAAAAGCUGUUUUAUUUGGAAAUAGUUCAUGCAAAUUGUUUUGUUUUAUUUUCUUGUUGAAUGUAUUCCCUUUUCGACUCUCUAUAAUCUUUCAAAACACCAAAUAUAAUAAAAAGGU